GCGCCCUCCGCAAGGCCCCAGUACCUGGACAGGCGUUCGGGACGCCACCGACUUUGGCAGCAGAUGCCCCCAAAUGAUGGACUUCUCGACCUACGAGGAACUCGGAUUGGAGGACCCUAUUUUCAAGGAAAUGCUCUUUUGGCGCAGCACCUCCAGCAGUGAGGACUGCUUGUUUCUGAACGUGUACACUUCCAAACUUUCCUCCACUUCCAACUUGCCGGUGAUGGUGUGGGUCCAUGGUGGUGCUAUGGUUAUGGGUAGUGCAGACACGUACCCAGCAGAGAUCCCCACAGCACUCAAUAACGUCGUCAUGGUAACCAUAAACUACCGCGUAGGGAACCUGGGCUUCCUGCCGACACUGGAGGAGGACGCUCCCGGCAACUUUGGUCUUCUCGAUGUGAUAAAAGCUCUUCAGUGGGUACAAGCGAACAUCCGAAACUUCGGAGGAGAUCCCGACAGAGUCACCAUCUUCGGGGAGUCCGGAGGAGGCUGGGCCGUCUCCCUGCUCGUCUUGUCUCCCAUGGCAACGGGGCUGUUCCACCGGGCCAUCUCUCAGAGCGGCGUGGCGGGGAUGCCCAUCACACAGAAGGGGAACAUCAGAAGGACGGAGUACCUUGCUGGCGGGUUGAACUGCACCACGUCCUCUUACGACGAGAUGAUGAGCUGUCUUCGAGAGAAGCCAGGUCAAGAUGUCGCCGAAGUGGUUGCAGACUUCACCUUUUUCAUGAGACAUGGAUCCCCAGUUGUUGGGGACAAGUUUCUCCCAGAGAGUCCAUGGGAUCUUAUGACCAAAAAGCAAGUGAAUAAGGUCGACUAUCUGCUGGGAAGUAACAGCAACGAGUUUGGAAAUCAAUCGCCCAACAUGAACAUAGUCUUGGACGAAGAUGGAAUGACCAGGGCGGAAUUCGAAGACACUCUUCCGACUGAACUGCUGUGGUAUACCGAUCAGUUCUUGGGCAGUGAUGUCAAUUUGAUUGUCCAGCCUGUGAUUGACCAGUACAUGGACCCGGACAGGCCGGAUGACCAGAUCGCCAUACGUGACCAGUACGUUCAGAUUGGGAUAGACACAUGGUUCAGAGCACCGACCGUUCUGAUGGCUCAGGCAGCAGCAGAUCAUGCCGUCCGAGUCUACCAGUACGAGUUCAAACACCGCACCUCGUACUUCGCCUCCAGAGCACCUCACAUCGAGGCCGACCACGGUGACGACUUGUUCUACCUGUUCGGGUUCCCGUUAAUGCCGGGCGAGACGGGUCCAGACUCGUGGAAGUAUAACUUCACAGAAGAGGAGCGAGAGCUGAGUCUGGACAUGAUGGCGUACUGGGUCAACUUCGCCACGAACGGGGAUCCCAAUGACUCAACAGGAUCAGCACGUGUGCGCAACACCACAAACUGGCCGCGCUACACUCUGUCGUCACAGGAGUACCUCAAGUUAGACGUGACGUCAUCUGCUGGCGUCAAGAUUCGAGAGACGCGAAUGAAGUUUUGGAACGAGGAGGUUCCGAGGUUGUUGGGAAAGAAGGUUCGAACUUCCGGGUCAGAUGAGCUUUGACGCGAUGUACAUGUACAUCUAUACAAACAUGUUGUGAGAUAUGAAUAUUAGCUGGAACAUUGCUAUUUUCUAUCCAAUACUUUACUUGGACAAUCAUGGUUUUGCAAAGGGUUUUGCAAAAGGUUUUGCUUUAUCCAUUUAUA